ACUGCAGCACAGAACCAACAAGGCCAGGCAGGCCAUGGGGCUCUGGGUGCUGCUGCCCAGCUGGGUUUCUGCUACUUUGCUACUGGCACUGACCUCCCUGCCCUCAGCCCUGGCCGCCAACAGCAGUGGCCGAUGGUGGGGCAUCGUGAACAUAGCCUCCUCCACAAACCUGCUAACGGAUUCCAAGAGUCUACAGCUGGUGCUCGAGCCCAGUCUGCAGCUACUGAGCCGCAAGCAGCGGCGACUGAUCCGACAGAACCCGGGGAUCUUGCACAGCGUGAGUGGAGGGCUGCAGAGCGCAGUGCGAGAGUGCAAGUGGCAAUUCCGAAACCGCCGCUGGAACUGCCCUACCGCUCCCGGGCCCCACCUCUUCGGCAAGAUCGUCAACCGAGGCUGCCGGGAAACAGCAUUUAUCUUCGCAAUCACCUCUGCUGGGGUCACACAUUCGGUGGCACGCUCCUGCUCCGAAGGUUCCAUUGAGUCCUGCACCUGUGAUUACCGGCGGCGCGGCCCCGGGGGGCCCGAUUGGCACUGGGGAGGCUGUAGCGACAACAUCGACUUUGGCCGCCUCUUCGGCAGAGAAUUCGUAGAUUCUGGGGAGAAGGGGCGGGACCUGCGCUUCCUCAUGAACCUUCACAACAACGAAGCAGGGCGCACGACCGUGUUCUCUGAGAUGCGCCAGGAGUGCAAAUGCCACGGGAUGUCCGGCUCCUGCACGGUGCGCACGUGUUGGAUGCGGCUGCCCACGCUACGCGCUGUGGGCGACGUGCUGCGCGACCGCUUCGAUGGCGCCUCCCGCGUCCUUUACGGCAACCGGGGCAACAACCGCGCCUCGCGGGCAGAGCUGCUGCGCCUAGAGCCAGAAGACCCCGCACACAAGCCGCCCUCCCCUCACGACCUUGUCUACUUCGAGAAAUCACCCAACUUCUGCACAUACAGCGGACGCCUGGGCACAGCCGGCACAGCGGGGCGUGCUUGCAACAGCUCUUCUCCUGCGUUGGACGGCUGCGAGCUGCUGUGCUGUGGCCGGGGCCACCGCACGCGCACGCAGCGCGUCACGGAGCGUUGCAAUUGCACCUUUCACUGGUGCUGCCACGUCAGCUGCCGCAACUGCACGCACACACGCGUACUGCACGAGUGUCUGUGAGGCUCUGCACCUGUCCCCGAACUCCCUCAUUUCCAGCUCUCCCCUGAAAAACUCGCUGACACUCAAGACCCACCCCAUUCGCCCACCCUAGCACCUCCAGGC